AUGUCCACGCUCUUGCCCUACGACAACGGCCAGAUACAGCUUAUACCUCCAGAGCUCGCCGUUCAGCACUAUGAUUCUUUCCUGCAUAUAGAACGCCAAUCAAGACAGCUCCAGCGCGAUCUCCAAACACUUCUAGAUGCUCAGAGUGCUGGGUUAGCUGCGGGUCUCUCUGGGCCUGCUGGAGACGAUACCACUUCAAAUGGCAGCUUGACUCCUACUCCUACACCCUCCCAAUUCAGCAGCAGCUCUCAUAGUGCCAUCACCAUACCCGUACGACAACCAGCGAAAAAGAAAAUAGGACUCCGUGGUGCCCGGCGUGGGAUUCUUAAAACAAUGCAUACAUUACUUAGUCUAAAGGAGGAAGAGCGGCGGCUCAUUGACUCCGAGCUGAAGAAUCGGAGGCUGGCAGUGAAAGAAGUGGAAAGCUUCGUGACCAAGCAGAGUGGACUUGAAAAAGCAAUAGCGGAAAUCCAAAUGAACGGGGGAUCACUAAGAGCAGAGAAUCUGAUGAGGGCAGCUCGCACUCUGGAAACAGAUAUUCGAGACCUAGAGUCAAAGUUGCUACAAAUGAAAUCGCAGCAUCGCUACAUCCUCAACGAGGUUUCCCAGAUUCAAAACUCCGUUGACGCCCAAUUAUCCUCGUACAAGGCCUCGUUGGCGCUAGUCCAAACAGAUGUGAGCAAUUAUCUGCGAUCUCCGCCCAUACGGCCUCUUGUGCCUCCCUCCGCUACCCCCCCUCCAUUCUAUACUCUGAAUCCGAAACGCAGGACCCUCGAGAUGGCGAAUGAGCAAUGGGUACUGGAGCAGGGCGAAUUAAGGAGCAAACGACACAAAGUUGAUCUUGAGAUCGAGGCCUUAAGGGAAGGGGGCGGGGUCUGGCAAAAAGCUGUAUCAGAUAUAUCCAACUUUGAGAAAUUAUUACGACAGGAAAUGCGCAGUUUGCAGCAGGGUUCGCAAGUUUUACAACCCCGGGAUAGGGACUCAAGCAUAAACCAUGAACAAACCGUUCUAAAAGAACUAGACGAUAUAGCCUCGCAACUAGAAACAAGGUUACAACUCGCGGAGCAGAAAAAUUGGAAUUUGCUCAUUUGCUGCAUUGGCGCAGAGUUAGAAGCCUUCCGGGAAGCGAGGCGGCUGCUGCUAGAAGCUUUCCCAGCGCUUGGGGAUGGCAAGGGUGCUGGUUUAUCAAAGGGAGCAACUGAAGUCAGUCUGAAUUUUCAGGAGGAUACAGCAGCAGCAGAUUCUAGGAAAACAAUAGAUUCGAAGGAACAAUCUCCCGCUUCAGUGGAGAAUACCACAGUGGAAUCACUGCAUUCUCCUGUGCAGUCAAGCAGAUCUGAAGACGAUGACGAGCCUGAUCCCGCUUGGCUACUUUCCGAAUAG